CUAAUACAAGUAUGAGUAACGACAGCACUGCCACCAGGAUAAAAGUGGCUAUCCGCCUGCGCCCCGCCCUCAAAAGAGAUGACAAAGGAAAGAAGCAUUGCGUCCGAGGCCUGGACUCGACAUCCUUGGAAAUAUGGAACUGGAGGGACACGCGCCAGACCAUCAAGUACAACUUCGACGUCUUUCUGGAUGCUGCGUCACGGCAGCAAGACGUCUACGAGAAAUGCGUGAAACCGCUGAUGGGUAAAACGUUGAGUGGGCAGAACGCGAGCAUUUUUGCUUACGGACCGACCGGUGCUGGUAAAACCCACACGAUGCUGGGAACCUCCGAACGACCUGGUAUUAUUCCCCGAGCAGUCAACGACAUUUUCCGCAUGAUCGACAAGCAGAAGAGGGACCCCAUCAACGCCGAUUGGACUUACAGCCUAAGCUUCUCCUACCUCGAAAUCUACCAGGAAAAGGUGUAUGACCUUCUGGAGGUUAAAGGUCAAGAUCUGCCAAUCAGAGAGGAUCGUGAUCGGACCAUCUUCAUCCCAAACCUUGCAGAGAGGGUCAUUUCUUGCUUGGAGGACUUCCAUGAAUUGUUUGUGCCCGCCAGCAAGAAUAGGACUACAGCAGCCACAAAGCUAAACAGUAGAUCCAGCAGAAGCCAUUCUAUUCUACUGCUCAAGGUGGUGAGGAAACAGCAACUGCCCCCGUACAAGAAACAAAUUGGGAAAGUCUACCUGAUUGAUUUGGCUGGUAGCGAGAACAACAAGCGAACCGGUAACCAGGGCAUCAGACUGAAGGAGAGUGGAGCUAUCAACACAUCACUGUUUGUUUUUGGUCAAGUUGUAGAUGCACUCAACCAGGGACUGGGUCGUAUUCCAUACAGGGACAGCAAACUGACCCGCCUCCUGCAAGACUCCCUCGGAGGCUCCGCCCAUGCCUGCAUGAUCACCAACAUCGCCCCCGAGGAAAGCAACUACAUGGAGACUUACACAGCACUCAACUUUGCCUCCAAGUCCAGACACAUCGUCAACAAGCCUUUCACCAAUGAGACGAUAGAGAAGCCGAGCGUUCAACACCCUUCUAAGCGUCCAAGCAGCAGUAAUGAUGGACAGAACGGCACAUCAAGCCCGCCACCUAAGAAGGCAAAGAGAGAGUCCAAUCAAGACAAAGUAGCAGCAGGAACCAAGUCUGCCAGGCAAAUGGCCAAACCGCAGGAAAAUGCACCAUUCCUGAGCCCAUUGUUGAGACGGCAGGCCAACUUUGAAGAGAGUGUGAAACAGAGACUACAAUCACUUGAGACAAACAUCAUGACGCGUCUGAACCCCUCGGCCAAUCACGGCCAAGCGCACCAGUCACAUGACCAACAGAACCGUCAGAUACUGCAGCAACUUAAAGAGAGUAGCAAACAGCUCUCUGAGUUACAAAAGCAGAACAGCAAGUUUCACCAGGCGCUAGCAAACAGCAGAAAGAACAAGAAGGAUCUACCUCUGCUGAAGAGACCAUCAGAUUCUGGUACAUGUACCAAGAAUACAGAUCGGGUGGUGAAUAAUCACUCUGGACGUCCUGUUGCCAUACCUAAAGCAGUUGUCAAACCCUUAACAGCGUCAUCACAACCAAAUAUUGUCCCGCCAUCUGCACCCAAAGCAACCACAAUAAAAGCAUGCGUGCCAGACGUGCAGUUCAUGAAGAUCAAGACAUGCAGUGACAGCAAAGAGACAAAUCUGAAAGAGAACGCCUGCAAACUCCAGCCCAACCCGGAGCUACAAGCCAAACACACUGCGGAGAUAAUACGCCUGCUGAACACAGGAUCCGUGAAGCAACUGAAGUCUCUACAGAGCGUCGGGGAGAAACGUGCUCAACUCAUCCACAGCUGGCGAGAGGUCUUUGGGCAAUUCACAAGCAUUGACGACCUUAGGAAUGUAAAUGGUCUUCCUCCAAAGACAGUGGACGCCAUCAUUAGAAACAACCUCCUUUGCCACGUAAUGGCGAAAGUUUGACAUGGAGUUCUAACGGGAGUAAGAGUCUGCAGGCUAUUUCAAUCUAUGCAAGACUUGAAAUGUUUAAACUCAGCAAAAUAAACAAAACAAAACAAAAACAAGUAUUCAAAAACUUGGUGAGAUACCAGUCCUGAACUUAUUUUUUUAACUCAGGAAAAUAAACAAAACAAAACAAAAAUAAAGAAUUAAAAAUCUUGGUGAGAUACCAGUCCAAAAUUUAUUUUUUUUUUACUCGGGAAAAUAAACAAAACAAAACAAAAAUAAAGAAUUAAAAAACGUGGUGAGAUACCAGUCCCAAACUUAUAUUUUAAACUCAGCAAAAUAAACAAAAAACAAA